AGAGGACAGGGCCAGUGAGAUGUCUCGUGGCCCACCAUGCAGAACCAUCACCCUGGAGUGGUGUUAUCUCUCCCAUUUAUCAAUCUUGCUCUAGUCUUGAUUCCAAAGAAACUCAGCCCUCCGAGUCUAGAGCUUUGAAGACAACGGAUACAACUAUCAGUUCUCCUUUCCGCUUAAGAAUUUUCUCAAUCUCUGUAGUCACUGGAGCGCCAUUUCUAUGCUGACCGACACUUCACCCAGACUACCUCAGACAAGCCAUGAACUCAGGCAUCGCAGGUUAAUGUUCGAUUCGAAGAAAGUGCUGACGCUUUGGACCCUGCUAGGUGGUGCUGUUGCUGUUCUUCUUUGGGGGUUUUUCAGUUUUCCUAGAAAAUUUACAGUUACAAGAACAGCCAGAAACAAGACAUGUGAGGAUGGGGUAAAGCUGUGCCCUAAAGACUGGAACAAAUUACGUCGGAACUGCUUCUCUAGUAUCCAACAUAAAAGCUCAUGGCUUACUGCCAACGACACCUGUGAACUCCAUGAUGCAACUCUGGCUGUGUUCAUCGACAAAACUGAAUUGGAAAUUUUGAUGAAUCAAAUGCAGGAGAUGAAAACAUAUUGGAUUGGACUGCACAGACAAAAUUUAUUAGGAAUCUGGGUUUGGACAAAUGGAAGCAAAUACAACAAUUUGCAUGACAUCCAAGAUCAUGGUCAGUGUGCCUUUGUGCAUCAAAAGGGCAUAGACAGUACCAAUUGUGAGGAUCAAAAAGAAUUUAUUUGUACCAGAGAAGGCCAGUGCCCUUGAAGAUUUCUUCCAUCCAAAGGAACAUGAAGAGCAGUGUCUCAUUUUGUCUGUAAUGUGUAUUCCUUUCCAUCGACAUCACUUUAACUCUAAUUUGACUGACAAACAUGUACAUGAAUGUUAUCUUCAUUGAAGUAGUGACUACAAAGCCUAACAAUUAAACCAAGCUUGGCGUGGUACUGCUGCGUCAUCGAGGUUGGUGCAUUUGAAGCUAUGGCCAUGAAGGGCCUUGCUCAGAAGUGAUCCAUCUCAGUGGAGCACACCAGAGGGCAUAAAGAAUAAAGAGGAGGAUCCCUCUGCUUGUCUAAAAUUCAGUGACAUCUUCCAAGAAGAAAAACAAGAGCUACAGGACAGGGUGAGCAUAAAAAAUGCUUUGUUUGCCCUCCAAUAAUACAUGAUUCACGUUGAACUGUGAAGGAAGGCAAAGGGGGAGAAACUAUUGUGAUUGAGGUCCCAGUGUCACCAGUGAGGACCAGGCAACUCACCACAGGUCUCUGCCAAACUGUAAGACUUGAGGUAACCUGGAUUUGUUGUUGCCAUAGUUGUUGAAAGAAUAAAGGACACAGAUUUCGUGAUGAGUCAGUAUGAACAGAACGUGGGCACCCGGAAGUAGAGAGGAACAUGAAGCAAAGAAACUCUGUGACCUUGAAGAAUCCAUGGAGGUCAGCCUAAAUUCCAAAAGCUGUUUCCCUCAGAUUCUGAAUAACACUGAAAUGAUCUUGACGGAAAGGAGGUACAGACAUUAACACUGGUCAUCAUUAAAAAAAAAAAUCUCUUCAACUAC